GAAAAGACUCACAGGAUGGGGGUCUGCUAGAUCAAAGUGAUUUUAUUCUUCACUUAAUUCUCUUCUAACAACAUGGAAGUGCGGACAACAGGGAGCCAAUCAGCAGGAAGCAUGCCAAAGGAAGAGACCAGCGAUAAGGCUAACAACAGUGUCUCCAAGAGCACGUGGAUCAAACUGAAAGGCCCUGCUGCAGAAUCACUGUCAAAAGCUUUCUUUGGGCCAGCUGUUGUAGUUUUGCAGGAAAACAAGGGAGCGAGAAGAGUAGCAGAAGCAGCAGAAGAAGACACAGCAAUAGUGCCAAUAGCACCAGUACGAGAGGCUGAAGGAGGAGGUGUGGUCAUAACUGGAAGAGGAGGAACAACCGUGUCAGUGUCCCCAGCAAGGAUUGUCAUUGCAGGAACAUCUGGAGCUGGGAAAAGUAUCAAAGUGCUAAAAACACGCAGUAUUGUCCUGCUGGGAAGAACUGGAGCAGGGAAAAGCAGCCUAGCAAACACCAUAUUUGGAGAGGAUGUGUUCAAGAUUAAGCAUUCCUCCACCUGUGGAACAAGAGAAUGUCAAGCAGAAUCCAAAUCUGUUCAUGGACGAAGAAUUACCCUGGUUGACACUCCUGAUUUCUUUCAAACAGACAGACCUGAGGAGGAGCUGAAGCGUGAGAUAGUGAGGAGUAUCACAGAGUGCGCUCCUGGGCCUCAUGCUUUUUUCAUUGUACUUAAAGUGGGAACAUUCACCAAGUAUGACGAAGCUGUCGUCACAAAAAUGUUUCAUUAUUUUUCUGAGGAAGCUUUGAAGUAUGUGGCUGUUGUCUUCACUCAUGGUGACCUGCUCCCAGAGGGAGUCAAAAUUGAGGAGUCUGUUAAUCAGAGUAAAUGUCUCAGCGACCUGGUGAAGAAGUGCGGUGGCCGAUGCCACGUCGUUGAUAAUAAAUACUGGAAAAACAACCAACGGGAUGAAUACAGGAGCAACUGGUUCCAGGUGGCAGAGCUGCUCAACACAACAGACAAGAUACUGAUGGAAAACAAAGGAGGCUGCUACACCAAUGAGAUGCUAAAAGCAGUGAGCAGAGUAAUACAGGAAAAGAGCAACAGAACAGCCUUAGGAAACAUGCCACAAGGACACACCAGCAGUAAGGCUGACAACAGUGUCUCCAAGAAUGUGUGGAUCAAAUUAACAGGCCCUGCAGCAGAAUCCUUGGGGAAGGCUUUACUCCACACGACUGUCAUAGAUUUGAGGGGAACUGGGGGAGAAAACAGAGGAGGAGAAGUAAAGGAGGAAAGAGAAGAGGAAACAGAAACAGAAGAAGAGGCAACAGAAACAGAAGACGAGGCAGAGGAAGCAGCAACAGAAACAGAAGACGAAGCAGAGGAGGCAGCAACAGAAACAAAAGACGAAGCAGAGGAAGCAGCAACAGGAACAGAAGACGAAGCAGAGGAAGCAGCAACAGGAACAGAAGAUGAAGCAGAGGAGGCAGCAACAGAAGACAAAGCAGAAGAAGCAGCAACAGGAACAGAAGAUGAAGCAGAGGAGGCAGCAACAGAAGACAAAGCAGAAGAAGCAGAAAAAGAAGAAGCUGCAACAGAGCCAGAAGCAGCUACAGAUAAGGAUGCAGAAGAAGUAACAGAAAGGAAGAAAGCAAAACAGGGACAACAAGCAGGAGGUGGCGGAUUUCUAGGUAGUCUAUUUGGGUUAUUUUUUGGGACAGUAGCUGCAGCAGCAGGAGGAGCAGCAGGAGCAGGGGGUAUAACCACAGCAGCAGGGGGAGUAGCCACAGCAGUAGGAGUAGCAGCAGUAGAUGGUGUAGCCACAGCAGUAGGAGUAGCAGCAGAUGGUGUAGUCACAGCAGCAGGAGGAGAAGCAGCAGCAGCAGCAGCAGCAGCAGCAGAAGGAGGAGCAACAGCAGGAGGAGGAGCAGCAGCAGCAGCAGCAGAAGGACUCCACUCAGUCCAGACUGUCUUGGGAAGGUUCAUGGUUUGA